GAAACAAGCGGAGGUCUUCCCAAAAAAAAAACCCUCCUCUACACAGGGAAAAAGGUGGUCCCAUUCCGAAAACACCGUUUCGAAGCGAGCGGUCAACUUUUCUAACCUUUCUCUUUACAUCCUUCUCACUCGAUAAAACUUGUGAAAUGUGAGUGUCGGCGUCUUAUAUCAGCAUGUCGGUUUUAUCAAACGGAGAAAGAGGAGAACGGGCGGCUCGUUUUGACUGGAUUAAAGUUUGAGAAAAGCUGCACCAAAAAAAUGGAGAGAACAGCUGAGAGUGGGGUGAGGAGGUUGGCGUUGGCAAGCUGGAGGAUCCUGCCCUGUUACUCCCUCCGUGUGUAACAAAAUCCUCUAUAAGACUGACAGUUGCGUACUACCUGAGGAGUUUUCUGGUGUUACUUUCUGACCCUCAGUGUUAAGCGUGGCCCUGGAGGCUUCUGCCUGUGCUUUUGACUGCUGCGGCCCAGUGCCGUGUGCUGAUUGGCUGCUCGCCUGGGCGAUGAGGAUGUGCUGCUGGCAUCAAGGAGGAAGGAUUCUGACGUGAUGGGGUGCAGGACGAGCAAAGUCCUCCCAGAACCACCGGCAGAUGUCCAGCUAGACCUAGUCAAAAAGGUAGAGCCUCACCAGACUGAUGUCUAUAAGAACUUCAACGUGGGGGACGUUGGCGCAGACAAAAUGGGCUCGCCUUCGCCUCAGGGCCAGGGCCAAGCUGCUGCAGUGGCUGCUGCCCCCCAGUCCCCAUCCAAUGGCCAAGCUGAGCCCGCUGACCCCCGGCGCAGCAAGGUGGCCAAAUACAGGGCCAAGUUUGACCCUCGGGUGACUGCCAAGUAUGAGAUUAAGGCCCUAAUUGGCCGCGGCAGCUUCAGCCGGGUGGUGCGAGUGGAGCAUAAGAACACGCGACAGCCAUACGCCAUCAAGAUGAUCGAGACACGGUACCGUGAGGGCCGCGAGGUAUGCGAAUCAGAACUGUGCGUGCUGCGCCGUGUGCGCCACACCAACAUCAUCCAGCUCAUGGAGGUGUUUGAGACAGCUGAGCGUGUCUAUAUGGUGAUGGAGCUGGCCACUGGCGGUGAGCUGUUUGACCGCAUCAUCGCCCGUGGCUCCUUCACAGAACGGGAUGCCACCCGUGUGCUGCAGAUGGUUCUGGAAGGUGUGAAGUACCUGCACACUCUGGGCAUCACACAUCGUGACCUGAAGCCAGAGAACCUACUCUACUACCACCCUGGUGCUGACUCCAAGAUCAUGAUCACUGACUUUGGCCUGGCCAGCACGCGCAAGAAGGGUGAUGAGUGCCUGAUGAAGACCACCUGCGGCACGCCUGAGUACAUCGCGCCGGAGAUCCUGGUGCGCAAGCCUUACACAAAUGCUGUGGACAUGUGGGCCCUGGGGGUCAUUUCCUACAUUCUGCUCAGUGGCACAAUGCCCUUUGAAGAUGACAACCGCAUGCGACUUUACAGGCAAAUACUCAAAGGGAAGUACAGCUUCUCUGGAGAGCCGUGGCCCAGUGUGUCCAACCUGGCAAAGGACUUCAUUGACCGUGUGCUGACUGUGGACCCCAGCGAGCGUCUGACAGCCGGCCAGGCACUCAAACACCCGUGGAUCGUCAGCAUGGCUGCCUCAUCCACCAUGAAGAACCUGCAGCGCUGCAUUUCUCAGAACCUCCUGAAGAGGGCAUCCUCGCGCUGCCACAGCACCAAGUCAACCCAGUCUACCCGCUCCACCCGCUCAACAAAGUCCAGCAGAGCACGGCGCGUCCGAGAGAAGGAGCUGAGGGAGCUCAACCGCCGCUAUCAGCAGCAAUACAAUGGCUGAGAGAGGAUAUGCACUCACAUACACACAGAGACUCAAGAGACCCACAUAGGAGCUAAAGGGACCCAAACGCAGAGGAGGUAGAGGGGUGUGGAGCCGCAGUGGGGGUGUGUGUGUGUGUGUGGGGGAAAAAUCCCCAAAGAAUUCGCACCCGACCACAGAGCCAAUAAAAAUCUCACUCAUCUUUCAGUCCAUCUCUAUUGCUCUUCUUCUCUUUUUGUUCCCCUUAUUUGUGUUUUCCCCCUUAUUUAUUUAUUGUUGAUGUUUUUUUCGUUAUGUUGUCGUCUUUGAAGUUACUGUUUCAUUAAGCAUUUUAUCUGAUUGUAUCUGUUGAACAGAGUUCUACAUAAUGAAGUUGCUGGAAGCACUACUAAAUACAUGUGGCUGUUCUUAGACCUUCCUUAUUUUUGCUGUGAAUUAUUUUGUGAGGGCGCCGUUACGGUCGGUGGCUUUUCUGGGAGGGGAAAGUUUAUGCUGUCAAUCGGAUAUUUACAACAACGUGUCCUGCUCUAAACUCUAAUUUGUUAUGCCAAAAACAUCACUUGAGAUAUGAAGGUCAAAGUAGUCUUUUCUGUGUCUAAAGAAACCACUUGGAUGAAGUUACAUGGAUUAGAGUCUGUUUGUGUAGGAUGUUGUUGAACUAAAAGAUGCCAAAUAUGUGGCAGUUAUCCAGUGACUCAGCUUCAGCCAGUCACAUUCCAACUGUUUUUAAGGUGGAUUCUGCAGUCGUGUCUGUCGUUGGUCAUGAAAAGAAGCAGGAAUAUCUGAGAUUGAGUUGAGAAUGUUUUACUAGGGAUGCACAGAAUAUAAAUUGUUAUAGCUGAUUGUGAUUUCUUUACAUCAAAUUGGUCAAUUACCUUUUAGCCUUUUUUUAAUUUAAAGCUCAUACUGUAUGGAUUAAAUGAACACAUCCAUCCACCAUCCAAUAGUACAUUUUUAGCACUUCCUAUUAGCCAAAGUCACAACAUAAAUAACAUUAAUUGUUCUUUAAUGGACCACAGUGGCAUUUAAAAUUUGCUUAUGUUAAAUGUUGCCUGUUCAAAUAAAAUAAAUCAAGCACAAUGAGUUAUUUAUAAUUACGCUUCAAUAUUUUGUCAUGAGUGUAGCAGCAGCAUUAAAAUGCAUCAAGUGUUUAGAGCAAAAAUCUGCUGAUUCCAAUUGUGCAUCCCUAGUUUUAGCAUUGGUUACAAAUGUGCCAAAUCUGAUUAUGCUGUGUACAAGUUUGUAUACACAAGUUUGUUUCAACUACAGACCCUAUAGAGAGUAAUUCAUGACUUGUGCUCCUGGAUAAAUAUCAAUAUAUGAAUACAGUUGAAUGCAGUUGAAUGCAAAAGUUUGUGCGUCCUGGUCAAAUGGAUUUUUUCUAUAGAGAACACACUUCUGCACAUUUUAAUGCACAAUUUUUGUUUAUUUGCUGAAUUUAACAUAGUGUAAAAUAGUAAAGCAUAAAAUGGGGCCUGUGCAAAAGUUAUGGCAUGUUUAAUAUUUUGUUGUAUUUUUUCACAAUAUGUUAAAGUUAGCAUAAAAUUGUUGUCCAUUGAAAUUUGCAGCAAAAUGCCAUCUUUAAGUUUGUUCCCUGAUGCUGAUGUUAACUUAAUUUCAGAAUCAACAGAAUGUAACUAAACAUAAUUUGAUCAGGGGUGUGCAAUGUUUUGCAUACAACUGCAUAUAACUGCCAGUGUUCACAUUGCUAAGAAUUCUUUUCAAGUGUGAGCCAUCAAAUCAGUCUACUCUGGAUCAUUUCACCUAACUGCUGCGAGUGCUUUAGAAGUGUAUUCAUUGUUCUGUGUCCUUACAGUAAAUGUCUGCACUUGAUCAGAAGUUUAUUUGGGUAACACUUCACUGUAGGAUUCUGUUCAUAAGGCUACGUAUGACACCUACAUAAGCUUGUCAAGACA